CUCCGUCCCAGGAAUGCACCGUCGAGCUAUAUAUCUCGUUUGUUCCGCAGAAGGAAAAGAUUCGAUCAGACGCACCUCGUUUUCGUAUCCGGAAGCAGCGAGACACGGAAGCGCGAGAUCCGGAGACACUCGAGAGGAUACUCCGCGAGGGAGGCAGGAAGCGCAAGAGCGGCUCCUGUUCUCCACGUCACGACGCGACGGACCGCACCACAUUGCACGGCCGUGCUUCAUCCCGACCGCACCUGUGGUACCGCUUCCCUCCUGGGCCCCUUUGCGGGCCCCAGGUGCCUACCGAGCGAGACCUGCCCCUCCAAUUCUUCUCAAGCGGUCAGUCUCGUUCUCUCCGCUUACUAACCGCGUAGCAUCUUCCUUCUCUAAUAUCACCUCUUUCCAAGCCUUCCUUCCUGCUUCCUUGGUCGCCGUGGUCGCCCACUUCGCUCACUCCGUUUGCUCCGCUUCGCUUCGCACCGUCGUCAUUAACAACUCGCGAGGGCUGGCAAUGGAAAACCGCAGUUAG